AUGAAAUUCACUCUUUUAAUUUCCCUAUUGCCGUUAGUGCAGGCUCUUCCGUUCGUUAAACGAGAUGGCACCGAGCUGACCAUCCAGAACCUUCUGGGUAACUACUAUGAGAUUGACGGGGUGGUCGGCGACUACUUCACCAACCUGUCGUUCGUUAUCAACUCUGCCCAAGACGACUCUUGGGUUUCUGCAAGCAAGUUCAACAGUAAUUUAUCAGACACCUUUUCAUCAUCCAGCGAGGAGUUCUGUUUCCAGGACCUGGUUACCGGCUAUACUGCCUCGGGAAACUACGGCUCUGACAAAAUCACCAUUGGCUCCUUCGACCUGGACUCGCUCAAAUUUGGUGUUGCAACCACAAACGAGUUUGGCUACGAGGCAUCUUUGGGACUCGGCAGUUCCAGCUCUUUUAUCGAGGCAUUGCAAAAAGCCGGCCUGAUCUCCAGCAAGAAGGUCUCUGUCUAUUUGCACAACAACCGGUCGCCAGGAAAAAUCACUUUUGGUGGCAUCGACUCGUCGCUCUACUCUGGCCAGCUGACUUAUUUGGACACUGUUACUUAUCAAACCGAUCUCACCACCGGUGGAUACUUUGUUUCGCUAGACUCUAUAGAGACAUCGUCGGGAACCCAGCUGACUUCUGGCCAGACCGGCUACUUUGACACUGCGUCGGUGCUGUCGUACGUGCCGCAAGAUGUGCUGACCCAGAUCACCGACGAUUUGCAAGCGAGCGUGGACCAGUCGUCUGGACUAUGGACUGUCGACUGUGGACUGAUCGAGACAACAGACAUCAGCUACUCUCUGGCCUUUGGGUCCACAGAUAUCAAGGUGCAAGCCAACCAGCUAUUUUUCCAGGACCAGGACACCUGCUACCUUUCAGUGACCACCAGCACCAUCGACAACGUUGUUGUGCUGGGACAGUCGUUCCUGACAAGUGUGUACAUCGUGUUUGAUCUGGACGAGAAGAAGGUGGGGCUUGCCCAGGUCAACGUGGACGACAACGUGUCCACCAGCUGCUCGCUCUGUCAGAGCAGCAGCAGCAGCAGCAGCAGCAGCAGCAGCAGUUCUAGCAGUUCCAGCAGCGUCAGCAGUUCUAGCAGCUCAAGCAGUUCUAGCAGCUCAAGCACUACUUUCAGCUCCUCAAGCACCACGUCCAGCUCCUCCACGUUCACAACGCCAAGCAGUACACCAGCUCCAUCCACGUCGUCUACAUCCACGACACCUUCCUCAACACCAUCGUCCUCGAGCUCGACUUCCUCGACGCCUUCCAGCACAACUUCCAGCACCACGACUAGCUCCACAUCCAGCUCGUCGUCGUCAAGCUUUACCAGCUCCAGCUCUAGUUCCAGCUCCAGCUCCAGCUCCACCACCACACCAAGCUCAACUCUCACUACGAGCUCCACCACAAGCACAGUCCCGUCGAGCAGCACAAGCAGUUCAACCACUACGAGCAGCUCAACCACCCCUACAUGGAGCAGUUACUCCACCUCCUCCACAGCCACCUCCUCCACAUUCGUUCCUAGCUCCUCCAGCACCGUGGCCCACGAGACAACGUCCACGCCAGCCCUGUCCUGUUCCGGCUCCCUCGUUCCGGUGGUCUACUCCACCACCGUCACAGACAGCGACUGGACAACCGUCUCCGUCUCCACCAGCUACGUGUGCUCCUUCGAGGUGUCCACUUUUGACACAACCACAGAGACAACCUGCACCGUGUGCACAGAGACGAGCGAGACGAGCAGCAGUAGCAGCACGUCUAGCACUACCUCCUCCAUAUCCUCCUCCACCAGCACACCUCCUCCUACAAUUCUCACUGUCUCCACCACCGAGGAAAGCACAACCGUGGUGACUGUUCCCUGCAGUUCUGGGUUCACCACCUCUGUGUCCACCAUUGCCACAAGCACAGUGUCCACAGAGUCUACCGAGUCUACCGGGUCUACCUCCUCCACGGAGUCAACAGUCUCCACGCCAGAGUCCACCACUUCGUCCACCGAAGUUGCAACCACCUCGUCCACCUCGUCCACCCCGGCAGAGACAACCACAGAAAGCUCGACUGCUCCACCAGAAACGUCAACUGUGACCACCAGCAGUAGCUCAACUACACCAACCACCUCAUCCACCUCCACUGCACCAACCACAUCAUCCACCUCCACUUCCACAACCUCCACCACUCCAGCCACAUCAGCAACCCCAACCACAUCGACCAGCACCACUCCAACAGCGCUGGCCACCACUUCCACCACACCAACCACCCCAGCCAGCUCAACUGUCGCGGAAACAUCCACAUCCAGCCCGGCUCCCGUGCUCGUCUCCUCCACUGUCUCCACCGAGUGCACUGCCUGCUCAACGGCCACCAUCAUCAGCUCUGGCACCACCAUCUACACGGUACUCACCAGAACAGCCACAGUCUCGUGCUCCUCGUCCAACGUCUCGUCCCCACAAGGCUCGUCCGUGGCAGAGACAUCGUUCACUUCCUACACCCCACUUGCUUCCAGCUACUCCUCAAGCUCUUCCAGCACCUUCUCCGUGUUCACGUUCGCUGCUGCAGACGAGCGUUUUGUGUCGGAGUCGACCGAGGACGACGGCGACGCUGUUGGGGUGCUCGACGUCGAAGAAGCGGCCUCGGUGGUGGACGAGCUAGCGGACUCCGUUGAAGAGCUGGCCGUGGAAGACGAGUCAGUAGCGGACGGCGCACUGGUGGACGAGUGUUCCUCUGAACUCGAGCUCGCGCUGGUCGUGUGCGACGUGGUGGAGGAGUCUGCGCUGGACGUGGUGUGCGAUGUGGGCGACUCGGUACUGGACGGGCUUGAGGACGAUUCAGAAGGUGACUGUGAGGAUUCCGACCAGGACGUUGAGGAGGACGGUUCUGCAGACCAUUCUUCGGACGACGAGCUCGACCAGGUCACCGAUGGGCUUUCUGUGGCAGAGGAAGACGACUCAGACGACGUGCUGGUGAUGGAGUUGCUAGAGUGGUCAGUUGUUGCGGAGCUGGAGCUGGAAGAGCUGGAAGAGCUGCUGGAGGAGCUAGAGGAGCUGCUUGAGCUACUCGACUCGCUGGAGCUACUCAAACUGCUGGAACUGCUGACGCUGCUGGAACUGCUGGAACUGCUGGCGCUUGUGGUGGAACUUGAGGACGGUCAGUCUCAAGUAAGGCUUGAUGGUUCUGAACUUAGGGAACAGGGUCUUGGCCUCGUCGUUGGACACGCUUGGGUGGACAAUGACAUCGUCACCUGGAACCCAGUUAAUUGGGGUGGUGACUCUGUGCUUGUCACCGGUCUGCAAGGAGUCAAUGACUCUCAAGACCUCGGCAGUGUUUCUACCAGUAGAAGCUGGGUAAGCCAAGAUCAAUCUGAUGGUCUUCUUUGGGUCGAUGAUGAACACAGAUCUGAUGGUGAACUGGACUCCCUUGUCGUCGACGUUGGUGGCGUCCUGGUAGUCAAUCAUGUCGAACUUAAGAGAAAUUUCUCUCGUAGGGUCGGCAAUGAUUGGGAAAGUGAGCUUGGAUCCGGUGACCUCGUCAAUGUCCUUGAUCCAGGAUCUGUGGGAGCCAGCGUCGUUGGCAGACAAUCCAAUGAGCUUCACGCCUCUCUUGGCGAACUCUGGCUCCAAUUUGGCGAAAGCACCAAGCUCGGUGGUGCAGACUGGAGUGAAGUCGUCAGGGUGAGAGAACAAAACCGCCCACGAGUCUCCAAUGUAGUCGUGGAAGGUAAUUGGGCCGUUAGAGGUGUCGGCAGUGAAGUUUGGGGCCUUAGAGCCCAAUCUGAGAGUUCCGUUUUCUGGCUUUGGAAUAGACAUUGCGUAAAAUGGGAUGGCAACAAGUUUGGGGUCCCCAGGCCGUUUUAUACUAUUCUUCAACAAGCUUGCAGAAUUGUAUUAUGUCACGUGAAUAGUGAAAAAAUUGAGUACUGUUCGGGGAAUGCCAUCAAAGUUUUCCACCAGAAACUAUGCCACCAGAAAAAUUCCCAAUUGGGAUUCUGCUGGAUCAAAACCAUCACUACUACGGUGUUGCGAGUUGAAGUCCAAAGAUCUCUGGGUCUCGGAUCCGUCCUUCACGGAAGCGUACAAUUUUUGGAAAACUGGCUUCAAAGCGUCCUUGAAGACUGGGUACCAGUCCAGAGCACCUCUUCUGGCGGUGGUGGAACAAGCAUCGUACAUGUAGUCCAUACCGUAUUUUCCAAUCAAUGGGUAAAGAGAUUGGGUGGCCUCCUCGACAGUCUCGUUGAAAGCUUCGGAUGGGCUGUGGCCGUUCUCUCUCAGAACUUCGUAUUGAGCAAGGAACAUACCGUGGAUACCUCCCAUCAAACAUCCUCUCUCACCGUACAAGUCGGAGUUGACUUCUCUCUCAAAGGUGGUUUGGUAAACGUAACCAGAUCCAAUGGCAACGGCCAAUGCGAUGGCCUUCUCUUCAGCCUUACCGCUGACGUCGUUCCAGACGGCGUAAGAAGAGUUGAUACCUCUUCCCUCCUUGAAAAGAGAUCUCACGGUUCUACCAGAACCCUUUGGAGCAGCCAAGAUGACAUCGAUAUUAGAAGGAGGAACAACCUUGGUCAAUUCCUUGAAGACUGGGGAGAAACCGUGGGAGAAGUAAAGAGUCUUACCCUCGGUCAAGAGUGGCUUGACGUCGGCCCAGGUCUCGGACUGAGCAGCGUCAGAAAGCAAGUUCAUGAUGAUGGUUCCCUUCUGGAUGGCCUCGGAAACAUCAAACAGGUUCUCACCAGGAACCCAUCCGUCCUCGAUAGCGGCCUUCCAGGAAGCACCGUUCUUUCUAACACCAAUGAUCACGUUCAAACCGUUGUCUCUCAGGUUCAAACCUUGACCGUAACCUUGGGAUCCGUAUCCGAUCAAAGCAAGAGUGUCGUUCUUGAAGUACUCGAGCAACUUCUCUCUUGGCCAGUCGGCUCUCUCGUGGACGAUUUCCUCGACACCACCAAAGUUGAUCUUCUUGAUUCCUCUGACACCAGCAACCUGGGUCUUUGGCAAGGUUGGUCUCACAGAUCUAGUGAGGCCAGAGAGUGCUCUCUUGGACAUAGCAGCGGCGGCUCUGGAGCCAGCAGUUCUCGAAAUUCUAGCAGCGUACAUGAUUAUGUUGAGAAGAAUAGUUGCGAUGGAGUUUGGAAAAUUUUCAUUUUAUACAAUUUAGUCACCGGGCCGCACAAGCGUCACGUCCGCAAACACCUUGACGCUCUUGGCGUCCGCCUUGAUCUUACCCCAAGAAACGGCCUCGUCGGGACGCGCGCCGGCGUCAGAACCGUCAAAUUCCUGUCCCGUGUUGAUAUACACGGCGUAAUCUGCUCCGUUUCUCAUCAAACAUGCGUUACAGAUGUGAUGCUUGAUCAAACCACCACCCAAAAUCAGCAUUCCAGCAUGGGAGGCCUCCAUGGACAAACUGUUGAUUCUUCUGAUGUCCUGGACGAUGUCGAUUCUCAGUUGUUUUGGAGAAGACUUGAAAGUAUGGAAGAAAAGCAUGUCUCCAAUACUUCCGUCAGUGAGAGCAGGACAGAAGAUCGGGAUCUGGUUCUUGUGGGCCCAGUAGAGCACAGACGACUCGUCGUUGAUUUCCUUACCAAAACGGUCGAUCACUUUGGAAGGAGUCCAGAAUGGAACGUCGGAGUCCAAAGAGUUCUCCUUGUUCUUGGCAGCAAACUCCUCCUGCUCUUCCAACAUCUUGUCCAAAACAGGAACCAUCCACUCCUCGAAUUUGCAGUAGUUGUCGUUGGGAACAAUCAAGUUACCAAUUCUGUUCAUUCCGUCGUCUCUAAGCUGCUUUCCUGGCAGAGCAAAAUCUCCCAUAUAAGUUGGAGCAAGACACUUGAUCAGGUCUUCCUCGAUUCCACCCGCCGAGGCAACAAUCGCAGAAACCAUCUUAUGUUGGACCAGGAAUCUCAACGUGUCUCUGAGACCAGAAGAGAUCAGGUUGGAAGUGUAGCCAAGGAAAAUGGUGGUCUUUUGGUAUCCAUCCUCAUCAAACUCUCCCUUGCGUUCGUGUUCCUCCAAUUUGGAAAUAUGAGCACCUCUCCAAGAUCUCAUCUCGUCAAUGAUCUCACAAGCUUUGGCCAAAGAAGAUCCUUGGAAUCCCAUGGUCUUCAUGGAAGCUAUCAGAUCGGAAGCACGAGCAUUACGGCUCUCUGGUUUGGAGUAGUCAACUCCUCUCACUUUUUCAAAGUGCUCAGGGACAGGCACAGAUUGCUUUAA